AUGCUUUCCGAGUCGUUCGUCGCCGCGACGCUGUCGUCCGCUAAGACUCCGACCGCCACGCUGCGCGAUGUCGGGAUUUGCGUGCAGGAAUACCUGCCCUCGCCCCAAUUGCGAUCGACCUUCAAAAAGAGCUCCGCCAAGCCCAAUGGUCUGGCCGUGACCCCGUCGCAUAUUUUCUCCGCGCAGGCUGAAAAGGCCGUGGUUCAUGUGUACAGCCGGCAAAAAGGGAACCAGGAGGCUCUGGUGCCAUUCCCACAGCGCAUCCACAGCAUUGCCGUGGCCGGAGGCAAGUACGGCGAUGUGUUGGUGCUGGGAACCGAGGGCGGUGGAUUGAUCCUGUGGGAGACCUGCACCGGCCGCCAAGUGGCUACCACCGCCUCCCAUCUUCAGCCCGUUACUUCCCUCAUCGUCGACCCCACCUCCAAUUUCAUUCUUUCUGGCUCCGCCGAUGCCAGUAUACACGUCUGGUCCUUGCCCGCGAUUCUCUCUUUUUCACGACCCGCCCCAAGCGGUGACCGACAGCCACCCAAUUCGCCUAUCCGGACCUUCUCGAAUCACCGUGCCGCUAUCACAUCUCUUGCAGUCGGACACAGCAAUGGCCAGAAUAAUAUCGUCGUUUCAACGGCGAAAGAUAAUACCGCCAUCGCGUGGGACUACCGUACCGGCCGUGUCAUGCGGACAUUCCUCCUCCCCUCCUCUGCUACCUGUGUAGCGUUGGACCCACUCGACCGAGCUUUCUACGUGGGCUAUGAUGAUGGAAGCAUUCAGUCGGUAGGCUUCUACCGCAGCGAUUCUGUACAACAUCCGCUCCACGACUCCUCUCUCCAAUCUACCCCAGCCCAGGCAUCUGCCGAAGACCGAUGGCUCCCUCCUUCAGCCGACUCCAGCGCCGUCAAGGCAGUUUCUCCGUCGUAUGAUGGAACAACAUUACUGUCUGCGCAUGAGAAUGGAAAGGUACUAUCGUGGAACAUUGCGCGCCGCAAAUUCGUGACCAUGGUUGCCGAGUACACACACCCAGUCACCAACUUAGUCGUGCUGCCGCCUACCGGUCUCCCGAACACGCAACAACUGAAGAGGACAUCCCUUACCGUGGUCAAGCCGCGCCAUGACAACGCGUUCGCAGACCCGGCACAUGCACCCGGCGCCGUGCCGGUAGACUACGUGUUUCACACACACCUGGUUGCGCCGUCACAAUCCCGACCCCGCCAGACAGCCGAAUUCACCCAAGCAUUCACACACACCUCCUUCCCCGUUUCCAUGGUCGAAGAAGGCCUUGCAGAAUUAGCUGCACUUCGUUUGGGCGGUGGGGCGCACGUUUCCCACGUUGCCUCCGCAACUCCAGCCCUUACAGACGACUCGGAUGUAGCUGCCCGAGACAACCACAUCACAGAAUUAGAAGCCGAAGUCGCCAUGUUGAAGAAGAAGGCAGCGGUGAAUGACACUGCUCGACACGCUACUGCCGAUGAGGUUGUGCAAUUGCGCUCGGACCUAGCCCAGCUCCAGGAUUACAUAAACGAGAUGCAUGGGAAGCAGGAGGCAGCCCAACGUGACAAGGUGCAGCGCCAUGCAAGGAAGGAGGAACAAGAGGCCAAGAGACGUGAAGCUUGGUUUGCUGCCGAGAAGAAGGGACGCAAUGGAGACAAGGUCAUGCAGAAGAUGGAGAUCGAUGAUGGCAUGCUGACCGGCGAGUCUGAUGACCAGGGCGAUGAAUAA